CUUGUCGUGACGUGCUCGCCACCGUGGAAGAACCGGCCCCGAGAUGAGUGGCCAACGACCGCUCUCGACUCUGUCCACGUCCAUGAAACGAGAUUCUCUCACAGCGGAGCUGGAACGGGGUGAGCAGACUUCGACGCCUCUCCGAUCCAUUCUGAGGUUGUUGCCCGAAUUCUGACCAGCUUCUUGACCUUCCCUCCCCUUGCAUGUAGACCCACAAACAUCCUCGGCCAAGCGACAACAGCGGACACAAGCAUUCACGUCCAACAUGGCACAUGCGUCCUUGGAACGUCAACUAUCGUCCGCGCAGACGAGCAAGAUGGAGCUGGAGAAGAAAUUGCGGGACAAGGAGCUGCAGAUCGAGAAGCUGGAGCGCGAUCGAAGAUGGCUCGCUGACCGGGAGCAGGAGGAGCGAGAAGAAAAGGAGCGAGAACGCGUCGACUUCCAAGAGCAAUUGACUGGCAAGGACGGGGAACUGCGUACCCUCCGUUUCUCACUGACAGCGCUCCGAGAAGAGCUUGCCGAACUGCAAGACACGCACACCUCACUCUCUCGAAGCACGUCUCAAACCAUCGCGUCUCAAAAGUCACAGAUCACAACUCUCAGCCGGCAGGCCACCGUUCUCGAAGCAGAGGUCGGGCAGUUCAAGCUGCUUGCGGAAGAACGCAGCCAGACCAUCGACGAGAUCCAAGGGCAGCUGAACGAGCUCAGCCAAAACAACAUCAUCCCCGUGAACAGCGACAGCGACGAUAUGGCCAUUGUCAGGCAGGAACUUCACCGCCAAGCCGAAUAUCUGCGCAAGCUGGAGGCAACAGACGCGAAGCUUUCAGCGGAAGUUGCGCUGUGGCGAGACCGGCAUACGAGCAUCGAGGUGCUCCGGGAAGAGAAACGGAGUCUGGAGAGGAAACUCCAGCCUAUGGAAGGUCUGCGAGAGCAGGUGGCCCGGCUUGAGGCACAGCUCGAAGCUGCGAAACAGGAGCGGGCCCCCGAGAAAAUUCCCACGACGUCAGAGACAAGCGCACUGUCAAUACUUCGUUUGCAGCACGCCCGGUUGCUUGAAGAUCAUGGUGUCACCACAGCACACCUACGUGCCAAGGAAACCGAGCUGAAGGACGCGGAGCAUCGUGUAACGGAAGCACAAACUGCCAUCGAAAGGCUCGAAGCGGAUGUUAGUCUACUGAAAGACACUACUCGGCGAGCAGAACAGCAGGUUCGGCUAGCAGAACGAGAGGUUGGCUUCAUGAAAGCUUUAUUGUCCAGCUAUUCUCUUGAGGAGACUAAUAAAGAAGGCCAUUCGAUCGAUACUGUGCGAGCAGAGCAGGUCCAGCAUUUGGAGGCCCUCUUGGCUGAAUACAAGACCGCAAACACAGCUCUUUCGCAGCAACUCAAUGAGAUCGGCGAAAGAGAACCUGCGGCGGAGACACUGGCUCGACAACAGGAGUUGGAGACAGAACAAGCUCUGCGUGCAGAGGCCGAGAAAGCUCUUGAGACAAUCACUGCUGAGAUGCAAACACACUUGGACAAGAUCGAGGAGCUCGAGCAAGAGUUGUUUGAUCUGAGUGGGGAGAUCGCCGGGGGGAGGCAUGUUCCGCCUGGAAUUCGCAUUCUGUCAUUCAAGGAUACGCCCGAUUUACCUUUGCGGGACAGUCCGAUGGCGCGACAAGCGGAGUUGGAGCGAGUUCAGAAAGAGAAUGCUGCAUUGCUUCAGCAGAUUGAGACUAGCGGGACAGCAUCGCAGGGGUCUAUCCCGAACGAGAGCUGGGUCGCUGUGUGCAAAGAGCGGGACGAGUUGACGUCCGAGGUCAAACAGAAGGAGAAACGGCUGAAGCGCCUCCAGGAGAUUUUCGCUGCCAAGGCGCACGAGUUCCGCGAAUCGAUUGCCUCGCUUCUCGGUGUCAAGCUUGCUUUCUUUCAAAAUGGACAGGUCCGGGUGACAUCGCUGUACGACGAGUCAGCGACGUUUGUUUUCAAGCCGGCUGAGGGGGCGUCGUCGAGCGGGAACAUGCAGUUGAUUGCCCAGGGCGAAGGCGGCCCGGAGGAUCUACCGAACAUGAUGCAAUACUGGGUAGGGACCGAGCAGUGCAUCCCCGGCUUCCUCUCGAGCGUCACUCUAGAACUGUACGAUCGGUGGAAGAAAGAACAUCCGUAGCAUCUUAUAUCUCGUGCAUACACCAAUGAUCAUGUUUAGCUAGCAUUCAUGAGAAGCAUUGGAGCACAUUCCCGACGAGUGUGAGCAGCCUCGACCUAUUGAUAGAGAGCCCGGACGAGAAUCCGCGGGUUUAUUUCCUGACGCACCGAUGCUUCAGCACGAACGAGAUGAGAUUAACAUCGACGAGAUAACUCAUGACGAAAGAGAAGCAUCUCUAACAGCACUGGAAUGAAGUUACUGCCUGAUGAUUGGUUCCCUCCCAAGUGCCGGCGCUGGGGCGAGCGUACAGCCUCGACGAUGACCGAUACGGGGUUCGGCCAGACAUGAUUCACUGACGAGAAUUGAGGCCAAGUAGGCUUUGAGAGUACCAGUCAGUCUGAUGAAGAUCAUGUCCCGCCUUUUGGGGCCACACACAUAUCCGUGCGCGGUGUCGAGGAUCUUGAGAUCGAGCGCACAGGCCCGUGAUAGAUUUUCUGCAAUCACGUUGAAUGCGAAAACAUUUACACGCAUCUUUACAUUGGCUACAGUCGCAACAUCGAUAUACUUUACGCGCUACCCGGUUCCUUGAAUUUCUUGCCUGAGUAUUGAAUCAAAGCUUUCCGUUGAGGGAUGGAGAUAGGGGAGAAGCGUUAGUCAGCCCAGGGACAUCUUGAAGCCAGGGCAAAGUGCGUUUGAUGUUUUUCGCGUCACCAGAUGUGGGCGCUGGGGCAGCAGCAGUGGGCGAGUUGUCUGUAGUGGGCGUAGUCUUGACAGAAUCCUGGGGCGGAAUCUCAUUGGGACUGGGAGGCGGGCCAUUGGCGUGGUAGUCUGCGUUGUGGAUUUGUCGUUUGAGAUCCUGAAUGAUGGGAAGAAGCUCCGUUUCGCCGCGAGUGGGACUAUUGGCCGCAGCGGCCGGCAAGAUGGCGUCUCCAACUCUAGGAGCUAUUUCAAGCGCUUCUGAGGGUGAGGUAGCAGCGGGAAAAGCGUGGACGUUAUUCAUGCAGCUAGCGAGGACAAGGGUGACGAGGGAGUAUGUGUGCAUAGUGUGGUUGCGAAGAGAGAACGGAUGUUCAAGAGGAUAGGUGUGUUUGACAGGAGUUUGAGGAGAAGAUUGCUGGAGUCUGAUUCGGUGGAAUUGGUAGCGCGUUCUUGGAACGGGCACUGAGCGGGAUAGAGGUAGAGGACAAAGUUGACAAC